AUGUUGGGACGCUUCGGACCGGGUGUCGGCACCCAAGUCGUGGCGGUGGUUUACCAUCAGCCAAACAGGAAUAUGGCUACUUUGAAGGCCAUUUCCAUCCGUCUUAAAUCUGUGAAAAAUAUCCAGAAAAUCACACAGUCCAUGAAGAUGGUGUCAGCUGCUAAAUACACCCGUGCUGAGCGUGACCUGAAAGCUGCUCGUCCCUAUGGUGAAGGUGCAGUACAGUUCUAUGAAAGGGCUGAGGUUACACCUCCCGAAGAUGACCCCAAGCAAUUGUUUGUUGCUAUGACCUCUGACAGAGGUUUGUGCGGAGCUGUACACACUGGUGUAUCCAAAGUGAUCCGCAACCGUCUCAGCGAACCUGGUGCUGAGAACAUCAAGGUGAUCUGUGUGGGAGAUAAAUCUCGCGGUAUCCUGCAGAGAUUGUACGGAAAGCACAUCAUUAGUGUUGCGAAUGAGAUCGGACGUCUCCCACCUACUUUCUUGGACGCAAGUCAGUUGGCCACUGCCAUCCUCACCUCAGGAUACGAGUUCGGUUCCGGAAAGAUCAUUUACAACAAGUUCAAGUCUGUGGUCUCUUACGCCCAGUCCGACUUGCCCCUCUACACUAAGAAGUCUAUUGAGAGCGCCAGCAAGCUGACGGCGUACGACUCUCUGGACAGCGACGUACUCCAAUCCUACACGGAGUUCUCGCUGGCCUCGCUGUUGUUCUACGCGCUGAAGGAGGGCGCUUGCUCAGAGCAGUCGUCCCGCAUGACCGCCAUGGACAACGCCUCCAAGAACGCCGGCGAGAUGAUCGACAAGCUGACCCUCACGUUCAACAGGACCCGUCAAGCUGUCAUCACCAGGGAGCUCAUCGAGAUCAUCUCUGGUGCGGCCGCCUUGGACUAAACCGCCAAAUGCGAUUGACGCUCCGAACGAUCUGCAUUUCCUCAUUUUUUGUAGAUCAUUUAUUUUGUUAACCUUGCUGCUACUUUUAUCAUCAAAAAAAAUAUCAAAAAAUUUUCGAUACCCACGUUUUUGUUUUAAAAACUUUUAUUGAAUCAUGUCACCGAAAAACUUUUGUCCAUUUUUUUUAUUGAAAAUGUUUUUAAAACUUUUAUCAUCGAGACAAGUGACCAUUAAUUCUGACUGUUCAUUUACUUCAACUGGUGCGGGUACCACCCAAAAUAGCAAGGUACUAAUUACUACCCUCAUUUCCAUAUUUUUUCCGCUGCCUCCUCAAAUUAGUUUGUACGAUUUGCGAUGCCGACACUGGACAGCUCCCAUCCCGGCAACACUCACGCGAAACGAGACUGGCUUCAACAUCUGUCGGGCUGCGCGCUGUGACCUGUGUGUGGACGCAGUGGUGGUUAGAAAUAAAGUGUGUUGGUUGGAAAA